UAAUAUUCAAUUAAAAAUAUCUGUUAACAAAACUCUGUGUCUGCCUGCACCCUUUGUUUUUGACAGUAUUCAUUUCGGUGUUGAUUUGUAGAAGAACGCACAGUGGUAACAGCCAUUACAUGGGUUCGUUGGGUCGGAGGAGCAUGUCCACGGUGGCGAAAGCGGUGGCAGAAAUCACAGGCACCGGCAACACCAAAAUCCGUAAAUCUUCUAGUGAACUCUGCACCUUCCUCGGCAUCCCUCGCCAUUCUCGUUCCGAAAUUGCCCUCAUUCUCUCCAAGUUCAUCAAGCUCUACAAUUUCAGGAGUCCUGGUAUUAAGAAGGACAAGAUGUGGGAGCAGAAUUUGCAAACUUUAUUGCGUGGAAGAAACACUGUUGGUUUUCCUGAGAUUGCUAAGAUACUGUCUCCAGAGUUCAGCCAGGGUGCCAUUAAUGUGAAGGACAAUAACAUGGAUUCUUCAAUGGAUAGUACAAAGGGGAAAGGUUCUCAAAAGAAAGGGAAGCCUUCUAAGAAGUAGGUCUUCCACAUGCUUAUCUUUUUAAGGACCCAACUUUGAUUUUUUUAAGUUGAAAUUUUGUGUUCGCUCAAUCUGCAAUUCUGCGUGAUAAUGACAUGAGUGAGUUUGAGUGGCAACCUGUUGUUGAAACGGGUUUGAUUAUUGUGUUGUUGUCCUUUGAUAUAAUGUGAUUUCUCUCCCUGUUACAUUUUAGCAAGUUCAUAACUUACAUGAUACACUUGUUCUUUGGUUCAAGGAACGGCAAAAUCUGUUUUCAUUUGCACUUUUUAUUUGUGCUGUGUCAGAUGAACAUUUCCGGUAUUAUGCCCAUCAAUGAAUGAAAAAAGAUUGUUAUCCUGUCAA